AUGGCCGUCUCCUCUGCCUCCGACUCGAUGGCGGUCAUCGCGUUCCUGGUCAUCAUCUGCGGGACGCCGGUGGUCAUUCUCAUCCUCGUCGGGUGCAUCUGGUGGGCCCGACGGCCUCCCCGCUGCCUCCAGUGCUCAUACCGGCACCUCCCCAUCCCCGCCCGAGUCGAGUGUCCGUACGUGCGCAACCCGCCCUCCUUCCUGCGGUGGUUCACCUCACCCCUGAACGCGAGCAGCGACAUUGAAGUCACCUCCAUUGCUUCAGUCUUUCCUAUCCGCCGCUCACGGAGAGCGAGGCGGGAGGAGAGACCCGACGAGGUCCGCCCCCGCCGCCUGACUACCGAGGAGAUGGAGUACUGGAUCCAAGAGAUGGCACCGCCUCUGCCCGUCUAUCUUGAGCAUUUGCCGGCCCACGAGAUCCUCAUCGAACGUGACGGGUGCACCUCCCCGACGCCGAGCUACCGAUCUCCUGCGCCGAGCUACGUCUCGCCCCGCUCCUCGCUCUGCCUCGACUACAUGGGCGACGGAGUUGCCGCACCGCCCAGCUCUCCUGUCGUCAUGAGGACUGUCGCCGCCGCCGCCCGUGCGGAAGCCUCCUCGGGUGCGCCAUUGACUGCCCUCCCUCCCGCCAUCACGCGCAAGUCGAUGCGCACUCUGCAGCGCGGACGCUGGUCGUCCACUGCCUCCAUCUAG